AUCGGAGAGAGGACCGUCCUUUACGCACUGGAGAGAGAGAGAGAGCGAGAGAGAGAGAGAGAGAGAGAGAGAAACAUAUCAGGAAAUCACUUACAUUACAUCUGUUGCAUUUUCCUGAAGAUGAAGAAAUAGUGAAAAUGAUAAACUGCUACAGUUUUACCGGCACCGACGAUCCUAAGUCGUGAUUAACAAAAAUAAUUGUGUGGCACUGAGAACCAAACUGAAGCCGCACUUCUAUGGAGUUUAUGGAUGCACUUUUGCAAGACGCACAACCUUUACCUUUGCAAGGCUAAAGCAAGGACACAAGAAAACAGCAGUAAUAAUAAUAAAAAAUUAAAAAUAAAAAAAAAAUAAAUAAAACAACGAGGAAACAGCAGAAGAGGUUUGAGGCUGAAUGUCCAUCAUGUUCGACUGCAUGGAUGUUCUGAGUCCGGGACAGAUGCUGGAUCUGUGCAGCUCCACUCCGGCGUGUAUGCUGCAGGAGAAGGCGCUGAAGGCGUGUUUCAGCGGAAUCACACACACAGACUGGCGGCUCCGGCGCAGCGCGCACUCCAUCGAGACACAGAGCAGUAGUUCGGAGGAACUGGUGCCCAGCCCGCCCUCGCCCCUUCCACCUCCACGCGUCUACAAGCCCUGCUUCGUGUGCCAGGACAAAUCCUCUGGGUACCACUAUGGCGUCAGCGCCUGCGAGGGAUGCAAGGGUUUCUUCCGCAGGAGCAUCCAGAAGAACAUGGUGUACACAUGUCACAGGGACAAGAACUGCAUUAUCAACAAGGUGACGAGGAACCGCUGUCAGUACUGCCGUCUGCAGAAGUGCUUUGCUGUUGGAAUGUCUAAAGAGUCUGUGAGGAAUGACAGGAAUAAAAAGAAGAAGGAAAGUCUGAAGCCCGAGCUGACAGAAACCUACGAGCUCACGGCUGAGCUGGAGGCCAUCAUCGAAAAGAUACGGAGGGCUCACCAAGAGACGUUCCCAUCUCUCUGCCAGCUGGGCAAAUACACCACGAACUCGAGUGCUGACCACCGUGUGCGUCUGGAUCUGGGGCUGUGGGAUAAGUUCAGUGAGCUGGCCACCAAGUGCAUUAUAAAAAUCGUGGAGUUUGCCAAACGGGUGCCGGGUUUCACUGGACUCACUAUCGCUGACCAGAUCACUCUGCUUAAAGCCGCCUGUCUGGACAUACUGAUCCUGCGUAUCUGCACACGGUACACGCCGGAUCAGGACACUAUGACCUUCUCAGAUGGUCUGACACUAAACCGGACGCAGAUGCACAACGCCGGAUUUGGACCGCUCACGGACCUGGUGUUCACCUUCGCCAACCAGCUCCUGCCUAUCGAGAUGGACGACACGGAGACAGGCCUGCUCUCGGCCAUCUGCCUCAUCUCCGGGGAUCGUCAGGAUCUAGAGGAGCCGUCUAAGGUUGACCAGCUCCAGGAGCCUCUUCUGGAAGCACUUAAGAUCUAUGUGAGAAAGCGCAGGCCCAGCAAGCCCCAUAUGUUCCCCAAGACUCUUAUGAAGAUCACGGAUCUCCGCAGCAUCAGCGCCAAAGGUGCUGAGCGAGUUAUCUCUUUAAAGAUGGAGAUCCCAGGUUCCAUGCCUCCUCUCAUUCAGGAGAUGCUGGAGAACUCAGAGGGUCAAGAUGGACAGAGCUCUUUGGAAAAGAGCAGCACGGAAGAGAAGGGCAGCUCCUUAGAUCUAAAGUCUGCCACGUCGCCCUCUCCGGAACCCACUUCCUCGUCGAGCGAGGAACCGUAGAAGCAAAGAGAAAGCGAGAACCUCAUGUCUUCUUUAUUUUGCACACCACAAGUGGACCAUCAGUGCUACCCUUUCCCCAGUUUUAACUUUUUUUUAAAAGAAUUCAUUCCAACUUUCUUCAUGUACCACUACAAAAACACAAAACAUGGGCGGUCGUCAAAGAGAAAAUUUGCUUAGCGCUUAAAAUCAUUCGUACUAUGGAACUUCCAACACGCACAGUGUGUAUGCGAGCACAUUUGUGUGUUACCGAAUGCCUAACACAGAGGUGAAACUCCUCAGGUCUGCUGUGAAUAUUUUUGCUAAACCUGCAUGACAGGCUCUUUAAUUCGUCCUCCGCUGUCUCUCUCUCUCUCUCUCUCUCUCUCUCUCUCUCUUUCUGUUCCUCUGCCAUCGUUUAUGUUGGCCUGCAUUGUACAUACCAUCGUAUGACAAGAUCUCUGUAUGAUAUUUUGUGGUGCUUUUUUACAGUCUUAAUAUUCUCGUUUGAGGGCGAAAUAUUAUGUUUAAAGAUGAACACAUUACCUUUCACCAUUAGAGGGCACUAUAAUGUUAAAGAGCAUCUCCAACUCUGAAUGGACGUUUCCUGAUUUUCAGGGACUUUCGGGUCAGUAGUUGCUCAUGUGGACAAGAAGCUCAGCUGUGUGUCUUUAAACGAGGCACUUCAUAUACACUUAAUAUAAAUUCCUUAAUUUACAGCUAUAGAGAAUGUUCUGGGAUAAAUACAAUAUGGCAGUCUAAUGUUUUCUAUAUUCAUAUAUUUGUUUCAUAUCAGGAAAACACACACACACUCAAUCUGUAUUUACCAACUGACUAACUAUCAUUUACUUUCUGGUAAUAGAGGUCGUCCAUAGGAACAGUAUUUUCACUUGAAAUCUAAGUUGAUAUAAAGUCUAAAUUACUGAUGUGACAUGGCAGACUUAUUGAACUGAUAUACAUUCAUCAUGGUGGUGAGUCCCAAGAAUAUGGGGACUGAAGCAGGACUACAGUCUGAUUUGGACACCUGUCCAUUGCAGGGCACCGGGCACACACACGCACGCGCACACACACUCACACUCAAACCUAGGGGCAAUGUAGAGAAGCCAAUCUAGCCUUUUUAUGGGAGAUUGAAGAAAACCACAUGAAACUCAUGCAAAAACUGAAAGAGCAUGCAGAACUUUACAGAAACUUUGCAGUCACCUGAGCUAAAGAUCAAAUCAGAGAUUUGGGAAGGAACCAAAUCCAGUAAAGAAGCCUUUAUUUAGUCACAUAAUCAUUACAGCACAGUGAAAUUCUCUCUUCACAUAGCCCAACAAUGGAGGUUGGGGUCAGAGAACAGGGUCAGCCAUGAUACAGCGCCAUUGGUGAGGAGAGGGUUUAAGGGCCUUGCUCAAGGGCCCAACACUGGCAGCUUGGUAGUGCUGGGGCUUGAACCCCAAUCCACUGAUCAACAACCCAGAGCCUAAACUGUUUGUGCCAUCACUGCAAAUGCAUCAGGUUGUGAUUACAUCAAUCUCACAUAGUAGUUUUUGGGAGUAAAGCAUAGUUCUGUACAAGACAGUGCAACUAUGGAGUGCAAUUCACAAAAUCCACUGCUGAUCCUAAUCCUAAUGCACUUUUAUUUAGGUUAAAACUGUCUUUGUAAAAAUCCCACUUAGGGAAAUGACUUGAAAAACACACACACGUUAACAUAUAUACACAGACACACACAUACACACACAUUUCUCACAUGAUGCAAGCUUCACAGUGGCACUUCACAGUGGCUUCACAGUGGCACUUAAACUGAAACAUUUCUAUGAAACUAUAGAUCGUAGUUUCGGGCUGCGAAACUACGAUCACAGCUUCUGAUGCAGGAAGUUCAGAUGUUUCUACAUUAGGAAAUGUGGUCAGGAGGUUAAUAUCACUCCAGAGGUUCAAACACAAGAGUAUGGAAUCAAACAUUUUUCAAUUACAGCCACUUUAAAUGACUUUACUUAACAGUGUUACAGGUUUUUUUUUUCCACUUACAAGAUGCCUCUUGGUUCUUGCUUUCAUGUGUUGGGAAAGUGCAUUAGUGGAGCUUUUUCCUCACAGUUCAUGAAUGUUUUUUUUUUUUCUCUCUCAUGCCUCAGAAGCAUUCUUUAUACAUAAAGAACUGGUUUUAUUCCUGGUUAUUGUUUUUUUAAUGACGAUGAUGAUGAUGAUGAUGAUGAUGGUGUUGAUCAGUAUGAAGGCAACAUUUUAUGUUUCCUACGUUGUGUAAAGGUGGAAGGUUUAUACAGAUUGUGCUUUCUUUGGCCUUUCAGACCAUCACGACUGCACAUGUUUUGGUUGUUGCAUUGGAUGUAUUAUACAUGCUGUAUUUUUUACUCCUGCCAAGCACAGACAGACAGAGAGGGUCAUGUAGUUCAGUCAGUAAUAACAUCUGUAAGUUCUUUUGACUCUCACGAAGGCGUGAGUGACAUUAUCUCAUUAGAACUUGUGAUUAUGUGACGGACGAAUCGGUCGACGCUCACGGUUCAGUUGCACUACUUGUUUUUCGCUACAGAAAAAAAUGUUUUCCAGAUCUGUUUUCAGCUACGGUUUGCAAACAAUUUUUACUUUAAGUUUCCUUCAAGCACCACUCUGGACCGAACAGAGAAGAGAUUCAAGAAAAUCUGUGAUGUUCUGCUGUCUUUCACACCGUCAUUACAUAACCUUUGGUGUAAAAGAGAUGAAAACACGUUCACCUUUUGCCCCAGUCAUGUUACAGGAAUAUUUUGCUUGACUAAAUGAAAGCUAAAGGACUUGCGGAUCAGAGCAGCGUGACUGAAAGACUUUAACGAUAAACACUUUCAGCUUCUGACUCAGUCAUUCCUCCACAGAAGCAGUAUCUAUUAUUAUUAUUCUAAUUUUUUUGCUCAUCUAUGCCCUGUUUGUACAUUAACAAUGCUUUGUAUAUUCAAAUGCUGUUUACCAUGAACUCUCGGUGAAAUAAUGAAAAUAUAUUUAUUUUAAAAUAAAGAUGU